AUGCAAAAUAAAGGGCUAAUCCGGGAUCGAACCGGAGACCUUUGCUGGAUUGACGAAAUGCUUAGCAAUUACACUGGAUUAGUUAGCAAUCUGAUCUUCUUCAAAAAGUCCAAAAAGUUCCAAAAGGACAUUAUUCAAAGUCUCGAGAAAAAGAAAACUUACUGGGAAAGAUUUCUCACUACAAAUACUGAUACUAGACUUUGUUAUCAAUCUAAUAACAAAAUAGAAUACAAAAGAAAAACUAAGCACUUGAAUAUAUUGAUAUUGGCGAGAAUUAUACAUACUGCACUAAACAACCUUCAUACUAUUUUGGUCCCAUAUGAUCCAUCAGAUACUAAUAUGAUCUUUGAAAAAGCUCGCCAAUUACACUAUGAGAUUCAAAAGAUUUCGAGAAGGGCAAAUGCUCUAGUUCCAAUGAACAAUAUAACCAGUAAAUCAAAUGAAAUUCGCAAUCAGAACGGCAACCUCUUAACGGACAAAAGUGAACAUUCCAACAAGGACAAGGAAAUGCCCAACGUUGAGGACGAGGACAAGGAAAUGCCCGACAACAAGGGUCAGAGUGGACAGUAUUCGUACAUGGGAAAGUACUGGGAAGGCCUAAACUCAAAUAAGGAAAAAUCCAUAUAG